UGUCCUAAAGCAAAUCCAAGAGGCCCAAAAGACCCUGCGAUUCGGCCUGUUCCUCGACACACCCACGAAUACCAACCAAAAAAACCAAGCAAGCAACAUGACAAGGCAUCGAUCGCCAGAAAAACUCAUGCAUGGUAGCAGGAGAAAGCACAGAAAAGGAAACCCUAUUCCCACUUUGAUGGAAACAGUGUUUUGGGUCUAGGGCUUUAAGUUUUGGAAUUCAGACCUCAGAGGAAGGUGUUUAUAUGAUAUGGGUUUUGCUUGAAACUUCCAGAUUUCUAUGAACAUCCGCAUAUUGUGAAUAUAAGUAACUUUUGGGAAGUGAAAACGAUGUUGUCUUAUCAAAGCUAUACUCGAAUCAAUACUUUAGAGCUCAAAGCUUUGAUUGUUAAAAGGGUUGGGCACGAAAGAGCAGAUAAGUACUUUGAUCAGCUGACAAGAUUGUUUAGUUUUAAGAUAAGCAAGUGUGAAUUUGAUAAGUUUUGUAUUAAGAUUAUUGGUAGGGAAAAUAUCCGUCUUCACAACUGCCUUAUUCGAUCGAUUCUCAAGAAUGCUUGCCUUGCUGAAGUUCCCCCAUCAAAAGGUAUUAAAAGAGUGGGAAGUAGCGUUAAUAUUAAAACUGCAAAGGGGUACCAGAGAAAUUGUCUUCAGUCGCUUUACGGGGAUGCCUUUCCUCCUUCCCCUAGGAAGGGAAGGUCCCCUGUCAAUCGAGAUCGCAGGUUCAGGGACCGCCCUAGUCCUCUGGGGCCACUUGGGAAGCCCCAAAGUGUGGUUUGUGAGGAAUUGAAUUCAAGGGCACAAGAACAGCAAAGUGCUACGGAACUCCUUUCACUUGGUAGCAGACCUCCAGUUGAAGUUGCUUCUGUUGAAGAAGGGGAAGAGGUUGAGCAGGUAGCAGGGAGCCCUGGUGUUCAAAGUAGAAGCCCAGUUACUGCUCCUCUUGGUGUUUCCAUGAAUUUAGGCAUAGCUCGUAAAACUCUAUCAAAUGCUUCUGUAUGUGGUGGUGACCUUCAAGAGACUUGUCUGCACACUGGUGAGCUGCCUGAUACGAGAUCAUUAAGAAGUCUUUUGGAGCGGAAGCUGGAGAUGGAAGGUCUUAGUGUGUCGGUGGACUGUGUUAACUUGUUGAAUAGUGGGUUGGACACAUAUUUGAAGAGGUUGAUUGAGCCAUGUGUGGGCUUAGCUAGCUCAAGGUGUGGAAAUGAUCACUUGAAAAAGGUUGCUGGCCAGUUCACGCCUGGUUUGAAUGGGUUGUCACCUGGAAGAAACAUUCGAAGACUGACAGAAUCUGUUUAUGUAUCCAUGUUGGAUUUUCGUGUUGCAAUGGAAGCAAAUCCCCAAAUACUUGGCGGAGAUUGGGCCACACUACUUGAGAAAAUUUCAUUGCACUCUUCUGAAGAAGAUCUUAAUAAUUGCUAGGAAUACACCAGUUGAUUAAGUGAGAUAUCAGUUUGUCUUCACAUUAAAUUGAUGAUUCAGAAUUUUGAGUCAAUCACUUCAAUUUUGGUCUCUGCUCAUUAUGAGGUGUUACAAUCUUUUGCAAAAGGAAUAAAUUGUAGAAGCUGUAGAAAUUUUAGAUCAGAUGACAAGGUCGUCUUUAAAUGCCUGAAGUGUUGAUUGUUGAAGGGAUACAUGUUUAUACAGUACAAUGUAAAAUUAGAUACAAGUAGGAGGUCACUGUUUUAGGAAAUUUACCCAGUUUUUCAUUAAUCUGAUUUUCUUUUUCUUCACAUGCCUUAUCAAUGAAAUAAAACAGCUUUGAUUUUAGAA